AUGGAGCCUACCCUUAAACCUAGACGUAGGAGAACAUUAGAAGAAAUACGUAAAAAAUACAAAAUUCCUGCUUCUGGUAUUGCUACUCGAACUAGAAGGAAAUCUCUUCAUAAACAACAAGAUGAAGAGGUGGUGAAUCAAAAGGCGGAUCAACCAAAUUUACAUUUACAACAACAAAAGAAUUCAAAGGGACAAAGAGUCAGCAAUGGUAAAAAGACUCGAUCAAGAAAACAUGAGACUAUUAAACAAUCAAGGAAAAGAAAAUCUGCCAGAUCUGCUAUUGAUACCACCACCAUUACUUCUUUGGUUGUUGCAGAGCCAUCAACUAGCAAAUAUAGUGCACAUACAUCAACUAAUAUUGAGAAUACCAGUUCUUUACAUUCAUCUGGAUUUUCAAUAAAUAAAUCACGAUUACAAGUAUGGUCUGAAUGGAGUGAAUCACAACGAAAAACAUUCAUGUCCACCUAUUUAGCAGAAGGCAAAAACUUUAGAAUUAUUUCAGAAAGAACCAGCAAAUCUAUAAAUCAAGUGGUAGAAUACUAUUAUUAUUUUAAACAUAACCCUGAUUUUCAAAGAGCCAGGAAAAUAAGUGUAGAGUCUGAUCAAUAUCAAAACAAAUUGAACAUGUUAACUGAUGAUAUCAAAAAAAUAGAAAAGUCUGCUGAAGUUGUUGGUAAUAUUGGUAGCAAUAAUGCAAGUGGUGCAAAUAAACGUAGAAAAGGACGUCCAAGAAGGCAUUGA